AUGUUGACCACCCGCGUCGCACUGAUAGCUACGCUGCGAGCGUCGACAUCAUAUGGUAAGACCGCCCCGACCUCGUAUACCGGCCCGGAAGUACAGGAGAUCAACCGCAUUGCACCCCACUUCGGUGCAGCCCUUCGGCCGGGGGCGUACCUCGUCGGCACGUACCCGUUUCUGAGGUAUAUCCCUGGAUACCUGAGACACCUGUAUCGGUACCAUGAGGAAGAGCUGGCGUUCUUCCAUGGGAUGGUUGCGUACGCGAAGAGCAAGAUGGAGCGGCCGGGGACCUUCGUCGCCUACCUGUUCAACGAAAAAUCCAAGUCUUUCGGCUAUCGAAAGACGAGAUGGCAUACCUCGCAGGUGCUAUGUCCGGGGUGGGGGUGGCACGACAGGCCUUGCUCUCAGCAUCGUGGCCAUGGCGCUGCAUUUCAUCUGGACGCGCAAGCCCGCGUCCAGGCGCGGCUCGACAAAGUAGUUGGGCGGGACGGAGGUCAGCUACAUUCACCUUUUCGCGUCUCACAGCGCAGCCAAGAUCGGAAUGGACAGCACCGACAUUUGAAGACGAGGACCUGAUGCCGGAGAUGACGACGCUCUUCCUUGAGACGGCCAGGUGGCGACCACAGUUUGCUUCUGGUGAGUCACGUCCAACG